AGAGGGAGAGAGAGAGAGAGAGAAAGAGAGAGAAAGAGAGAGAAAGAGGGGCGCAGCUUUAGAGAGACGCAAACAGAUUGGAGCGGCGGAGAGGGACAUUGUCUGUUGACACGGAUUACUGAAACCCUGCAUGAUGCGUGAAUACAAGUUGGUAGUUCUUGGCUCAGGUGGUGUUGGAAAGUCUGCUCUGACCGUACAGUUUGUUCAAGGAAUAUUUGUUGAAAAAUAUGACCCUACAAUAGAGGACUCGUACAGGAAGCAAGUUGAAGUAGAUGGACAGCAGUGUAUGCUUGAAAUCCUCGACACGGCUGGAACGGAACAAUUCACGGCAAUGAGGGACCUAUACAUGAAAAACGGUCAGGGCUUUGCGCUAGUAUAUUCCAUAACAGCGCAGUCCACGUUUAAUGACCUACAGGAUUUGAGAGAACAGAUUCUUAGAGUAAAAGACACUGAUGACGUGCCAAUGAUCUUGGUUGGCAACAAGUGUGAUCUGGAAGACGAGCGGGUGGUAGGGAAGGAGCAGGGCCAGAACCUGGCAAGACAGUGGAACAGCUGUGCCUUCCUAGAGUCCUCAGCAAAGUCAAAGAUUAAUGUGAAUGAGAUCUUCUAUGACCUGGUUCGGCAGAUCAACAGGAAAACCCCAGUACUGGGGAAAGCACGCAAAAAGUCAACAUGUCAGUUGCUUUAAUAUAGAGAUGUGCUGUAGCUGUGAGCCAGGUCUGAUAAACUGUUGUCUGUUCAACAGUGCCAGCAUUCCAACCUUACUAAACCCAACAUCAAACGGACUUUCCUGUGGUGAUGCCCUUUAACAAAUGGAUAAAAGCUACUACGUCAGUUUUUGCACAUAGAUAACUGUAAUCACUCUCCAGUAUCGCAAGAAAGAGAUUUUUACUUGUAUAUAAAUAUAUUCUAACUGUAUGCAACUGAAAAAAGAUAGAGCUUACACCCAGUGUUAUUGCAGAUGGAGACACUCCUUUUACCAAUGUUGUAAAUGUAAGAAACUGUAAAAUAACAUGCUGAACACUGUGCCCAGUUUUCUGCCAGAGGUAUUGUGAUGUAAUAUUGAGAAGCACCACUAUUUUAGCAAAAUAAAAGUGAAAGUCCAAAGAGCUCCUAUUUAGACAAUUUCAUACAGCUAACUUUCCUCCUUUGGUAUUUGCAGCUUAUAUAUAUAUAAAAUGAGAUACUAGAUUAUUCCUGUUUUGUUGUACCAAGAUGCUUUCUUUCAACUGCUAUUAAUAUGAUUUUAUCUUUGGGUGGGGUGGGGGUGGGGGGGCCUGUGGAAACCGUGAUUUUCUGUGUAUGGAUAAAAUAAUGGUUUUCUGUCACUUAUAUUGUCUUUAGCCUAAGAUGUUGCCUUCAAAUAUUUGUUAGUUUUCAGGAGAAACAAAGUAAUGUCAACCUUUUGUCAUUUUUAUUUUUAUUGUUAAUUGUCAAUAAUAAUUGAUGUUUACAUAGGGAACCAUGUUUAUAGAUGUCUGUACAGUGGGGAUCUACAACAGGAAGUAUAUUUUAAAAUGAGGGUUUUUUUUUUUUUUAAAGAAUGAUUUAAACCAUUUAGUUUGUAAAACUAAUCUUCAGGAUUCUUUCUGCAGCUGUAGAUUCUCACUGUAAAUCCCCUGCUUGCUCAUGCAUCUGUUGUAAUUGA